CGCUGCCUCCCAAGUGCUGGGAUUAAAGGCGUUAGCCACCACCACCGGGCUAGAUGUUUCUUGAGUGCCACUUGAAUUGCAGGCUGGAGGGUAGGCAGUGGUGAACCAGAUCACAAAGCCUCCUCCUCAGAGUCCCCUACCUCGUGGAGCUUGACUUCUUUACUUCAGAUGCGAAGGUGCAUCACCUCCUUGAAGGCGGAGGGUUGGAGGUAUUGAUGGCUUGUGAAAUACAUUUGAACUCUUCAUCUCUACAAGGUCCUUUCAAGUACCUGAACCACCAAAUGGCCUACCAGGAUGUAGAGUAGAGGGCCAGCGAUCUUUCGCCCCCUUCUGGCGUGAACUGCGGUUGUUUAUGAAGUUCAGGACUGGAAAUGUGUCCGCUUUACAUCGCCUUCUCAUUGAUUACCGUAGUGAAGCUUGAAACUCUCUGGGAAAUUGCAAAAGCUGAAGUGGAAAAAAAGAGAAGUCACGGAAGUGAAGGGAAUGGAGCUGACAUUGGAGAAAAAUCGGUUUUCUUCAUUGGCAGUAAAAAUGGGGGAAAGACUACUAUUAUUCUAAGGUGUCUUGACAGGGAUGAGCCGGCAAAGCCAACCUUAGCUUUGGAAUAUACUUACGGAAGAAGAACAAAGGGGCACAACACACCAAAAGACAUUGCCCACUUUUGGGAACUGGGUGGAGGAACCUCUUUAUUGGACCUAAUAAGCAUACCAAUCACAUGUGACACCUUGAGGACAUUUUCUAUUGUUCUUGUUUUGGAUCUCUCUAAACCUAAUGACCUUUGGUCCACCAUGGAAAACCUGUUGCAAGCCACCAAAAGUCAUGUAGACAGAGUGAUACUGAAGCUGGGGAAGAUGAAUUCCAAGGCAGCCUCUGAGGUGAGGCAGAAGAUGUGGAGCGGCAUGCAGAAGGACCAUCCGGAUCGUGAAUUAAUUGACCCAUUUCCAAUACCCCUGGUCAUAAUUGGAAGUAAAUAUGAUAUUUUUCAGGAUUUUGAUCCUGAGAAGAGAAAGGUGAUAUGCAAGACACUCCGGUUUGUUGCGCAUUAUUACGGAGCCUCGCUGAUGUUCACCAGCAAAUCAGAAGCUCUGUUACUGAAAAUGCGUGGCGUUAUCAACCAGCUGGCAUUUGGUGUUGAUAAGAGCAAAUCAAUAUGUGUGGAUCAGAAUAAACCACUGUUUAUCACAGCAGGAUUGGACUCUUUAUGUCAAAUAGGGUCCCCUCCUGUUCCCGAUAGUGACAUUGGAAAGCUUCAGGCCCACUCACCAAUGGAGCUGUGGAAAAAGGUGUAUGAAAAGCUCUUCCCCCCAAAGAAUAUCAGCACACUGAAGGCAAUCCAGGACCCUGCCCGGGAUCCACAGUAUGCGGAAAGUGAAGUUGAUGAAAUGAGAGUUCAGAAGGAUCAGGUAAUGCAGAUCUUUGUUUUAGGAACUGGAACAGUACAAGAGAAGUUCUUCCAAGACCUGGAAACAAAUUGAGCUGGACUCUUGAACCUGGUCCACCAUAGUGGUUUAUGUCUUCCUUCCCAAGUUCAAGUAAGAUCAUUUUCUUCCCUUGUGUGGCAACAUGUGAAGAAAGUUGAGCUAUAUAAUAUACUAGGGGAAAUCAAUCUGUUUCUUGUUCUGGCACAACUUUGUGAGUGUUCUGAAGUCUUUUAGAGAGAAAAUAUUCACUAUAUAUAAUUCUUUUUAAAUAAAAAAAUUUUCUAUCACCUA